CUCCACAAGACCAAGCUGCGUCUACUUCGCGGUCGUUGUUACGCCCUGGUGGGGCAGAAUGGAGUCGGGAAAACGACCCUCAUGAACGCCAUCAACACGGGCAAGAUUGACGACUGGCCGCAUCAUUUGGUCACGGCCUACGUGGACUCGGGAUCCAAUGUCGAUCCCGCCUUUGAAGCGCAAAUCGUCCUGACUUACUUGAUUGAAUCGACAAAACGUUCCAAGGAAGAUUGUGUCGCAAAACUCAAAGAAUUGGACUUUACGGAAGAAAUGCUGGAGGGGACCAUUGGGGCCUUGUCGGGGGGCUGGCAAAUGAAAAUGCGCUUGGUACGGGCGGUUUUGAUACAACCCGACAUUUACCUACUCGAUGAACCUACCAAUCACUUGUCCGAGUCCGCGGUUAAAUGGAUUACGGAUUACCUCUGCAAUCUGGAACAUCCAACGGUCCUCAUUGUCUCGCACGACACGACGUUUUUGGAGAAUGUUUGUACCGACGUCAUUCACUACGAAGAACGUGCCGUGUGGGGACCCUACCGUCGGCUCGUACACUACAAGGGUAGAAUGUCGGAUUUCGUUAAACUGCAGCCACAAGCAAAGCAUUACUUUGAGCUUGCCGCCACCGACAACCUCAAGUUCGAAUUCCCCGACCCCGGUCGGUUGGAAGGAGUCAAAACGUCCACGCAAAAAUUUCUCGAGAUGGAACACGUGGAUUUCCGUUACGCCACCGCCAACAAGAAUACGCUCACGGACAUUAACCUCAAAAUGUCACUGUCAUCUCGGGUCGUGGUUUUAGGAGCCAACGGUGCCGGAAAAUCCACCCUCAUUAAAAUGAUUGUUGGAGAGACGGUACCGACGAACCUGGGCGUCUGCAAGUUUUACGUUCACCAAAAUUUACGUGUGGCCUACGUUGCACAGCACGCCUUUUAUCACGUUGAACAGCACAUGGAAGAAAGUCCCGUGGCAUACAUUCAGUGGCGUUUCCGGGACGGAUACGACAAGGAAAAGAUGGAAAGUGAGGCUUUUAAGAUUCCGGAAGAGGAACAGAAGGCGAUCGACGAGUUCAACCUAGAAGGUAUUUGGAGUCGACGUCUCCGCGCUGGAGUUCUCGAGUACGAAGUCAAGAAGAAAAAUAUUCGUGAAAAAGACAAUAAGUACUACUCUCGUGAUGAUCUCAUGGCCAUGGGCUUUGAGCACUUGAUCAAGCAGACUGAUGAGAAGAUUGCAUCGAAGGAAGCUGGACUCGAUCUACGUCCGGUCACAACGUCAGAGAUCCAGAAGCAUCUGGACGGAUUUGGUCUUCCUCAAGAGUUCGGAACGUAUGGAAAGGUUCGUGGUCUGUCGGGAGGACAGAAAGUCAAGCUGGUCCUGGCGGCCGCCUUCUGGACCAACCCUCAUCUGGUCGUCCUCGAUGAACCCACCAAUUUCUUGGAUCGUGAAGCGCUUGGUGCGUUGUCGGCGGCGCUGAACGAAUGGGGCGGAGCUGUGCUAAUGAUUUCACACAACAAGGAGUUU